AGGGCGAUUAGUCACAGUUGGAUUGGUUAGCACCGCGGACAUGGAUGAGACAGACCUCUCGCUCUUUGGUUCCAAGAACAAGCACAAGAAAGACAAGGCCGAUGCAACGCUACACGCCAAGACGCCCACCUCCGAGUUGGACCUCAAGCGCAUCAUCAUCUCGCGGCCCACCUCAGAUGACACCUACGAGAACUGUCCCCGCACCGGAGUUGCCAUAAUCCUCAACCACAAGGACGUCAGGGGGCAAAAGCAGCGCGUGGGCACCGAGCGGGAUCGCGAUGACAUGAAGCUAUCGCUGCUCGGCUUCGGAUUCGAUGUGCGUUCCUAUGACGAUCUGACCUUUGCCGAGAUCAACGACUUGCUUAAGAAGGUGGCUAGUGAGGAUCACAGUCAAAACGAUUGUUUCGCCUUGGUUGUUAUGUCACACGGCUCAGAGGGCAAGGUCUAUGCCAAGGACAUGUCUUAUCCCGUGGAGCGUUUGUGGAAUCCCUUCCUGGGGGACAGCUGCAAAUCACUGGUGAACAAACCGAAACUCUUCUUCAUACAAGCAUGUCGCGGCGAGAACCUGGAGAAGGCCGUAGAGUUCACCACCUUCUCGGUGAUGACCAGGGAUCUGGGUCCACCUGCUCCGCCGGUCGUUCAACCUGUGACCUAUGCGAUUCCCAGCACCGCGGACAUGCUCGUCUUCUACUCCACCUUUGACAAAUUCUUCUCGUUUCGUAAUGUGGACGAUGGCUCCUGGUUCAUCCAGAGCUUGUGCAGGGUUUUGGAUCUAGCUGCCAACAACGAGGCCAAGGAACCUGAGGGCAUGGAACUGCUGCGUCUGCUGACCGCAGUGAAUCGUAAGGUUGCCUACGAGUAUCAAUCGAACACGAAGAACGAGGCGCUCAACCAAAUGAAGGAGAUGCCCAACUUUAUGUCUACGCUCACCAAGACCUUCUACUUGCGCGUUAAGCCAAAGACAUAAAGAAAGAACUUCUGAGUCAGCCCCCAAGAGAGUGAGCGAAAGAGAGAGAGUGAGAAGAAGCAGGAGAGAGAGUGAAAAUUAAUAGAAGAAAAAAAAACGAUUUGUGUUAAUAAUAUUGUUUGCCAUUUGUAUCUGUAUCUGUAUCUGUAUCUAAGUAUAUACAAACUCGUAUCUGUA